AUGUUGUUUAUAAUUUUCCAGAAAUGCGGUUUUGAUCGUGCACUGUUUUGUCCGGCCCGAUUGCAAAGUUCUCUGGAUGUAUAUAAUGAUCAGACUAAUUUAAUGAAUGAUAAUAAAGAACAGAUUGCUGUUGUUGCAAACCAUGCCGAUCAUUGGAGGAAUCUCAUUGGCGUGACGUCCUCUGACUCGACGGUUGAAGAGUUUGAUUGUAUCCAGAAAGCAAUUGAAAGGAUUGAAGAAUUUGAAUGCUUGAAGCAUGGUGAAAGAUAUAAUGAUGAAAUUGUUGUUCUUGUUACUGGUAGUUUGCAUCUUGUUGGAGGUGUCCUGGCAUUUAUAGACCGUGAGAUUGACACUUUUGCGUAG